UACAGUAGGUCGUGCACGGAAUAAUAGUUUGUUAUACAGCCGCUCAGGUGUUCUGUGGGCCGCUGUUCUACCAUCGCUGUCGUAACCGGCUGAGUCCCCGCUUGAUCAUGAGCACUGUAGUACACGACAACGAGGCUACAAAGGUGUGGGAGCAGCCGCUCACAACUGCCGACAUGCGAGCCCGGGCUGCGGAAUGGUCGCUGGCCGAUGACUCUAGGCUGCUUGCAUACCUCGAAGCUUUCACCCGGAGCAUAAUAUCGAGAACAUCUGAAAUCCAGAAACAGCUGGAAGGACUUGUUCAUGAAACUAUGAUAUCUGAUGUCAAGGUGCACAACGUCAUCAAUGACUUCAGUCACUUGAACAGCCUACAGUUUGUGGAAAAUCGUGUCUAUGAUGAGGAGGAUGUCAAGGCUGACUCCAGGGACAUACAGCCUGCAGGCUCGAAAGAGGAGGAGAGUUCCCUGAUGGGCCAGGUGUCUGAAGCGUUUCGUCUGGGUGUGGAGGUGCUGCACUCAUCGCUCGAAGUGGUAGACUUGCGCCAGGACUCUGAAGAGGAAGACGACGAGGACUCAGAUGCCGAGGAGGCACACCAUGCUGGGGAGCCCCUGCUGCGACCUCUGGACCCCUACCUGGCACGGCCUCUGCCCACUCUCAUUGGCUCCGACCAGUUCCUCAAGGAUGACUAUGUAGGCCUUGAGGAGUUGCUCAGUGAAGAUGAAGGGGAUGAAGAAAAGAGCAGCCUUGGAGAGUGCGACAGCAGUGAUUCCGACGCCAGUGACAUGGAUGGAGUGAAGGAUCCAGUGAUAGAUAACACAAUGGCUGCUUAUAUGCAGCAAGAAUUUGGGGGUGCCUCAUCAGAUAGUAACGAAGAGAACUUUGCCGGUGACCCUGAGGAGCUGCACUCGGAUCAUGGCAGUGAUGUCAGCUCCAAGAAGAGAACAAGUGCUGUGCUUGUGGAAGACAGUGCCAAGGUUCAAGGUGUGAUUGAGACAAGGCAAAGCACACAAGAAAAGUCACCAUUUUCAGGCAGAAGUGGUUUAUUCUCUAGCAGUGGGAAGCUCUUUGACGACGACGAUGAAGAGGGGGACCUUUUCAAAGAUGAGUCCACUUCAGUGCCUCCAAAUAAAGGUGGGACAAAUCUUUUCGGAAGUCUGCCUCAACAUGUAACCAGCAUGAAAGGAGAGCCGAGUCCUUCACUGUCAGUUGAUCACAAGGAUGCCACCAGCAUAGCCCAAAAUGCAGCCACAGCCACUCAAAAAGCAUCUGCCAGUGGCCUUAUUGAUCAAGAGGAUUACAGUGAUUUGUGGACAUCUACGCCAACAAGGGGUUUGCAAUCUGAGGACCAGGGGGAUAAGCCCAAGCAUGUUCUGUUUGACGAUGACGAGGAUGAUUUGUUCUCUUCUACCAAUGCUGCUGCACAGAGUGAAAGCAAGCCAGCGGAGUCCUUGUUCAGUGAUGACAAGGAGGACAGCUUUGUGAACACUGCGCUGCCUGUCACCAGGGACCAGCAAAGCAAGCCCUUUUUGAAUAGUGCAAGGAAAUGCCAGCCGUCCUCUAGAGGGAUCUUCCUGUUUGAAGAUGAAGACGAUGGAUCAGAGAAUUCAUGCCCUGCUUCUGCAACUGUUCUCAAGAAGCCAGAAGGUUGGACAUCUGGAAAGCAUUCAACGAAUGAGCCAAUCUCAAUGUUUGCCCCUGAGGAAGAUGCCGAUGAAGACCUGUUUGCAGUGAACACACCACCAGCCCAUCUGGCUGAUAGCCAAAGCAGCCACAGUGUCCAGAGUGCAUCGUGGAGCAUGGGGUCCAAAGGAGAUGGGGAACCCAUGCCAGGGGUGGAAGCUAUGCUUGAGGAGCCAGUUUCGAAGCCACACAGUGGAAGUUGCUUUAUCUUUGACCAAGAGAAAGACAUCUUUGAAUCCUCUGAGGGAAACCUGGAUGUGGACCUGUUUGCUCCAACAAAGCAUAUUGUGCCGAAGAAGCCUCCACCUGGUGGCGUCUCAUUGUUUGGAGGUUCAAGCCUUUUUGGAGAAGAGCUGAAGAGCCGGCUUGGGAGCAUUCCGGGUCAAGGGCUGCCCCCCAUCCCUGGAGGCCUGCCUGGUGCACUCGAGGAAAAGGCCUUUGCAGAUCCACAGCACCAGGCACCACUGAGGGACACCAAGGUGGUGUCUGUGAGCUUCGAUGAGCCUGCUGACCAGAACAAGACACUCAUAAGUGCAACCAAGGGUCGUGCAAAAGUAAACACCAAGCGACGCCCACCAUCGCGACGGAAGUUGCAAGCAGAUGCAAGAUUUGACGGCCGCAGCCAAGAUUCUUCAACCCAUGGAGCGCUGUUUCCUUCAUCACAUGCCGAUGUUGCUGUGGUGACACAUGCGGAGCAGAACCCGGGUUCUUUGAAGCCAGCCUUGAUGGUUGCCAAAUCGCCUUCUACGGAAGAAGAAGAUCUUUUUGCUGUAAACAGCCUGCACCAUCCGGCGGCAGCAGACGCCAAGAACAGAUUGGACCAAGCACAGGUACCAUUUGGCAAGAGCAUCUUUGAUGAUGACACAGAAGAUGACCUUUUUGCCUCAUGUGUUGAGAGUCCCGAUACCUCCAGUCAUGAGCACAGGGAUACAAUCUUUGCAGCAGGUGACACUGUGCCUCACUGGAGUGAAGAUCAAUUGCCAAAAAAUGGUGCUGCGAAUUCGGAUGCCAAGGCUUCACUACAGGAGACGUCGGAGAAAGUUUUCACUAACAUCUUCGACGACGAUGAUGGUGAUGACAUUUUUGCUCCCAAGCCUAGCAACUCUGCAUUGUCUUACCAAGCAAAGCAGAUUACACUGUUCAGCGAUGACUCUGAUGACAUUUUUCUUGCCUUGCCGACCAGUAUCGCUGCAGUAGAGAAGAAAGGUAACCAGCCAGCGACAAGAAAAAGUUUGCCUCAAACAAGAGACUUCAAGGACCCAUUGCUUGGAGAUAUCAGUGAUUAAUAGGAUUUGUUGCAUUCGGUACUGAAUUUAGGUGAUUGUUGUAUUUGGUGCACCUUGUUUUUUUUUCUGUCUGCGAAACUGAUUUGUUCAUCACAAGUAGACUAUGUGGUACAAGGACAAGUAGGCACUGAAAUUGUGUGACUUUCUGUUCAUUGUGCACAGAGCAAUUAAAACAGUUUAUAUGAAUACACUUCGAUGCUCCAAGUUCACAAGCACUUAAUAUCCGAAGCGUCAUAUCGGAACUUUGGCAGAUUAGUGCGUAGUUACCUAAUUCGUUUCACAUCUCUGUUCAAGUCCCUUAGUGGAAGCUUCAACACAAGACCUCAUAUAUAAAUAACUACUUGAAUCUAUGCAAAAAAAAUAUUUUUUUGUAUUUACCCGACCAAUUUACUGACUUGUUGAAUUCAAAUUCGAGAAAUUUUAUGUACUCUUUGUACAGAGCACAUUUCUUGGUACAUAUCCUGAAAUUUUAAAAAUAAAUUGGUAAGAACCUCAAAAAGAAAAGGCUGAAAUGACUAAUUUACAACUGUGUCACUUGUCAAGUGGAUGCAUACUGUUAACAGUGCCCACUCAGUUUCCCCAAAUUUUUUGGCUAUUCCGAAUUGAAGUGGUAGAAUAGUGAUUUCUUGGUGCUGGUAUUACAAUUUUGUUAUUUAAGGAUUUAAAGGCAGUUUUUAAUUUAUAGAUGUCAAUUUUAAACGAUUCCAUGCAGUGAAUUCUUUACAUAACUGCAGUAUCUGGCAACAUAUGUGAUCAAUGACCACUAGUUCUAAACUUAGUGCUCCAGCAUGCUUUGUUAUAAUUUAAGGUACCUCAGUCAAUAUUAUGUUCCGAACAUCUCCUACAGUCAAACACCGCGGCCGCUACAACAAAGUUAAUAGGAAUCGCGAGAAUUUUUAGUUUUCGUGAGAAUUUUGUCAUCGCAGAAAAAGUGUUAAAUAAAGAGAAAAUGAUAA